AAAACCGAGCUCACCCGACUCACUUCCAGCUUCUCUCGUAAAAUUCCUGCUCGAAAUGAAGGUUUUAAUAGUCGUUGCCUUGUGUCUACUGGAAGCGAUUACGAUCCAGGGACGUCCCGCUAAGCUAGAGGCUAAUAACAGAGGAUACAAUGCCGCCCAGAGUGGACCCGACGAGUUCCUGAAGAUAACUCUGGAGCCUACUGACCAAGCCUCUGCCGAAUCUGGUUCCGAGGAGGAGGUGGCGGGGAAUGAAGCGCAGGACGCUUCCCAGUCCCACCACGUUCCUAUUCUCGUAGAUUUGAGGGAACACCACGAUGAUGGCUCCUAUUCCUUCAGAAUCGAGCAGGGAGACGGAAUUAGUCGUUCAGAGUCAGGAUCUGUGCAAGGACAGGACGGAGGAUUGCAAGCUGUCGGGAAAUACUCCUUCACACAUCCUGAUGGAACCUCCCACGAAUUGACAUAUGUCGCCGACCAAAAUGGCUUCCAGCCUUCUUCUGAUAUGCUGCCCACACCUUUCCCUUUGGAACCAUGGCAUCUGGAACAGAUCGCCUUCGCCGAAUCCCAAAAACUAAACAAGGCAGCCAAAGAUGAAGGUUCUUCUGAACAAUCUUACGAAGGAGCUGUUGAUGGGGUUACUUUUGGCCUUGUUGCUGACGCUGGUGCUGAAGAUGUAGGACAUGGAAGUGAUGGUGUUGGAGACGUUGCUUUUGAUGUUGGUACUGGUUCAUCUGGACUAGCAGUAUUUGCUGGAGAUGCUGGUGUUGGAGACACUGGUUCCUCAGAUAUCGGGGCUCAACACUUUGGUUCAUCUGGUUCAUCCGGACAAGCAGUAUUUGCUGGAGAUGUUGGUGUUGGAGACACUGGUUCCUCAGAUAUCGGGGCUCAACACUUUGGUUCAUCCGGUUCAUCCGGACAAGCAGUAUUUGCUGGAGAUGUUGGUGUUGGAGACACUGGUUCCUCAGAUAUCGGGGCUCAACACUUUGGUUCAUCUGGUUCAUCCGGACAAGCAGUAUUUGCUGGAGAUGUUGGUGUUGGAGACACUGGUUCCUCAGAUAUCGGGGCUCAACACUUUGGUUCAUCUGGUUCAUCCGGACUAGCAGUAUUUGCUGGAGAUGCUGGUGUUGGAGAUACUGGUGCCUCAGAUAACGGGGCUCAACACUUUGGUUCAUCCGGACAAGCAGUAUUUGGUGGAGAUGCUGGUGUUGGAGAUACUGGUUCCUCAGAUAUCGGGGCUCAACACUUUGGUUCAUCCGGUUCAUCCGGACUAGCAGUAUUUGCUGGAGAUGCUGGUGUUGGAGAUACUGGUUCCUCAGAUAUCGGGGCUCAACACUUUGGGUCAUCCGGUUCAUCCGGACUAGAAGUAUUUGGUGGAGAUGCUGGUGUUGGAGAUACUGGUUCCUCAGAUAUCGGGGCUCAACACUUUGGUACAUCCGGUUCAUCCGGACUAGAAGUAUUUGGUGGAGAUGCUGGUGUUGGAGAUACUGGUUCCUCAGAUAUCGGAGCUCAACACUUUGGUACAUCCGGUUCAUCCGGACUAGAAGUAUUUGGUGGAGAUGCUGGUGUUGGAGAUACGGUUCCUCAGAUAUCGGGGCUCAACACUUUGGUUCAUCGGUUCAUCCGGACUAGCAGUAUUUGCUGGAGAUGCUGGUGUUGGAGAUACUGGUUCCUCAGAUAUCGGGGCUCAACACUUUGGUACAUCCGGUUCAUCCGGACUAGAAGUAUUUGCUGGAGAUGCUGGUGUUGGAGAUACUGGUUCCUCAGAUAUCGGGGCUCAACACUUUGGUUCAUCCGGUUCAUCCGGACUAGCAGUAUUUGCUGGAGAUGCUGGUGUUGGAGAUACUGGUUCCUCAGAUAUCGGGGCUCAACACUUUGGUUCAUCCGGACAAGCAGUAUUUGCUGAUG